ACGUUUCCUUAUAUUCCUAGUUUCGUUCGUGACUUCGAUAAUUGCGAAAUUAUUGAUUGCUCACGAACCUCUUUGUCGAAUAUAAUAUUGAUUGUUGGUCGUCCUAGUUGACAUGUAUUGUAAUGGAUGGAUUAACAAAAUUUUGUAGAUUCAUCAGUUAUAUACACUUAGCAUUAUUUAAGGAAUUGAAUGUAGGAUAAAUACGUAUAGAUGAGUGGAAUACACCUGUCUCGUGUGUUAAAAAUGACACGGAUCCGAACACGCGACAUUUAUUUUCAGGUGUACACGUGAGAUAUUUAUUUCAAACAAUUCGAAUAAUUUCAAACCCUGCCUCUCGGGUCCGCCAUGCCGAGCAGUUCAUACCCCCAAAUUGCCGGCCACGAAAUGCGCAAGAAGAAAAUGGUGAUACGGGCCAUUUUGGUCAGUGUAAACAAAUGUUCUAACUUUUGUGUAAAAUUUCCUCUUGCUGGAAGUACAUAUCGUAUUUACCGUUAUUGUUUGGCUACAUUAGACCAUUGGACUAGUACCGAGCAUUAUGGUACGAAAAUAGUGUAGUUUACUAUGGAAAAUAUACCAGGAAGUGAGAAUCAACAAAUUCCUCAUUCGAUGCCACCAAUGAUGAGCAUCCCUCCAAACAGUAACCAUGGAGUUCCAGGGAUGGAGCAUCCUAAAAUGUUACCCAGUUUAUUGAGCCUAAAGGUCAGUCCACCAAGCGAAUUACAAAAUCAAAAUUCGGUGGAUGACGGAGAAAGAGAAGCAGAUGGUGAUUCAAUGAAACUACCGGCAGCUUUAGAACAGGCUCUAGCUUUCAAAACUGAGAGAGCCAAAGAGGUAGGGGCAGAUCCAAACGAUAUAGCUUCAUUAGAAAGGUCAUCUAAUCAUGAAAAUGUAAGGGAAGAUGUGACGCAAUUAGAUGACGUAAUAAUUGAACCUGAAGCAGCAAUGGAGAAAACAGAUGCAAAGUCGAAUAAAACUAAAAAGAAGAAAAAGAAAAAGAGGAAAAAGCAUAAUAUAAGCAAAGAGGCAGAAAAUAAAAAAGACGAUAUAGAGAAUUCGAAACCUAAUCAAGAUAUGCCAGAGAUUGUAUAUAUUCAGGAGAUUCCCAGUAUCAACGAUUUAGAGCCAAUGUACCGUCAGUUUGCUAGAAUCUUUGAAGCGUUCAAAUUAACUGAACCUGAACCAAAGUCUGCUGAAGCAGAUAAAGGUGAACCGAUAGGACAGUAUCCUCCUAUAACAAAUUUACAAACAACAGGAACUGUACCUAGCAAAGUACCACCGUUGGAUGACUUUGACGACGAUGCGAAUCAACCGCAACAACAGCAGGGAACCGGUGAAAAUGGUGCUCCACGUCUUUCCAAGAGAAAACUAAAAAGGCUAACACGUUUGAGCGUAGCAGAACUGAAGCAACUGGUAGGUCGUCCCGAUGUCGUUGAAAUGCACGACGUUACCGCCAGGGAUCCGAAACUCCUUGUACAAUUGAAAGCUCACCGCAAUACAGUGCCUGUGCCGAGGCACUGGUGUUUCAAGAGGAAAUAUCUCCAGGGCAAACGUGGUAUCGAGAAGCCUCCUUUCGACUUACCAGACUUUAUAAAACGUACAGGAAUCACCGAGAUGAGAGCGAGCCUGCAAGAACGAGACGAUACACGCACAUUAAAAGCCAAAAUGAGGGAAAGAGCGAGACCCAAGCUUGGCAAAAUAGAUAUUGACUAUCAGAAACUGCAUGAUGCGUUCUUCAAGUGGCAAACGAAACCUCGUAUGACUAUUCACGGUGACCUGUACUACGAGGGCAAAGAAUUCGAGACUCGUUUGAAGGAGAAGAAACCUGGAGAACUGUCCGACGAAUUGCGUACUGCGCUCGGUAUGCCGGUGGGACCCAAUUGUCACAAAGUUCCGCCACCGUGGUUGAUCGCUAUGCAACGUUACGGACCGCCACCGAGUUAUCCAAAUUUAAAGAUACCCGGUUUGAAUGCGCCUAUACCCGAGGGAUGCGCGUUUGGAUAUCAUGCUGGUGGCUGGGGAAAGCCUCCUGUGGAUGAAACUGGACGACCUUUGUACGGAGACGUGUUUGGAAUCUCUCGUGCACCAGGUGGCGAUGCGAUGGACGAGGAGAUCGACAGGGGCAUGUGGGGCGAACCUGAAUCAGAAUCGUCCGGAGACGAAGACGAGGACGAAGAUGCGGAGGAAGGCGGAGGAGGUGAAGGAGAAGGAAAGGAGACAGACGGAGAUGCGAGCGGGUUGGUUACACCCGGUGCAGAAGGUUUGAUAACGCCGAGUGGAAUCACGUCGAUCCCUGCGGGCUUGGAGACACCGGAAACAAUCGAGUUGAGAAAAAAGAAAAUUGAGAGCGAAAUGGAAGGCGGAGACACGCCUGCUUUGUACACGGUUCUGCAAGAACGACGAACAGAGGGUCUUGGUGCCAGCAUGAUGGGCAGCACGCAUGUAUAUGAUAUGACAGGCGCUGCAGGUGGUCAAGCACCUCCAUCGGUGAUCGCUGCACGACGCGGUGUAAGCGGGACAACAUCGGAUGGAAGGACAGAGAAAGAUGGAGCCGUUGAACUGGCAUUGGAUCCGAGUGAGUUGGAUCUAGACUCUGAAGCAAUGGCAUCGCGGUACGAGGAAACUAUGCGGUCACGUCAGGCUCAUUUGAGGAGAGAAGAUCUUUCGGACAUGCUUCAGGAUCACGUACAACGACAAAAAAGCAAACGCAAACGGCAACAAGGUCAAGACUCGAAAGCUUCGAAGAAGUAUAAAGAAUUUAAAUUUUAGAUUUAAUAAAUAUGUAAAUUAUAAAAAUGAAGAUGUUUUACUUUGUCGGAGAGA